AUGGCGAAGCGAUUGUUAAGAGAGCACCAGGCGAUAAUAGCCUCACCGUCGCCGGCCCUCGAGCUGCUGGAGCCCAGCGAGUCGGACAUCUACGACUGGAGCGCUAUACUGCUGGGCCCCGAGAACACCCCGUACGAGGGAGGCAAGUGGAGGGUGCGCAUCAAGGUCCCAACCAGCUACCCUAUUGAUCCACCCACCAUGCAGUUCGAGACGCGGAUUUGCCAUCCCAACAUCCAUUUCGAAACAGGUGAGGUAUGCAUUGACGUGCUCAAAACCCAGUGGACGCCGGCGUGGACACUGGCGUCGGCUCUUCUCGCCAUCCAGGCAAUGCUGUCCGACCCCGAACCAGAUAGCCCCCUAAACAUCGACGCAGCCAACCUCGUCCGCUCCGGCGAAAUCACCGGCUACGAACAGCUCGUCAACUAUUAUAAAAAAGUAUAUACUCAGCCAUAG